AUGGCCAGACUCUUGGCCGCCCAUGGCGUCAAAGCAACAAUCAUCACUACCCCACUAAACAAGUCUCGCUUCCACUCCAUAAUCAACCGUGACGUCGUUGACCAAAAUCAAACCAUCAAAAUACUCACUUUAGACUUCCCUUUCGCAGCCGCAAACCUGCCGCCGAACUGUGAAAACCUUGACUCACUGCCAUCCAGAGACUUGUCGUAUAACUUAAGCAAAGCAAUCAUGUUGAUGCAACCUCAAGCCGAUGAUCUCGUCCAUCGAUAUCAACCUGAUGCCAUCAUAUCCGAUCUCAACAUCCCAUGGACGGCUGAAAUUGCGGUAAAGUAUGGCAUUCCUCGUCUAGUUUUUCAUGGAUCUAAUUUCUUCGCUCUCUGUUUAUCAAUGGCAGCCAGUCAACAUAAGUCAAACGUGCAAGUCAGCAGUGAUUCUGAACCAUUCUUGGUUCCCGAUUUACCUCAGCCGGUUUUCAUCACCAUGAAUCAAAUGCCGGACCGGUUCUUUAACAACUUGGGUUUACAGGAAUUCUUUGUGAAGAUGAUUGAAGCUGAUCGGAACACGUAUGGUGUUGUGGCUAAUACUUUUUUUGAGAUUGAACCGGAAUAUGUAAAACAUUACGAGAAAGUCACCCGGAAAGUGGUGUUUCCGAUUGGACCGGUUUCUUUAUUCAACACAAAGGCAGUUGACAUGGUGGAGCGAGGAAACAGGGCUUCUAUUGGGAAAGAUGAUUGCAUGUCAUGGCUAGACUCGAAGGAACCCAACUCGGUGAUUUACGUUUGUUUUGGGAGUUUAUGCAAAUUCGCAAAGUCACAGCUUGUGGAGAUUGCUUUAGGCCUUGAAGCUUCAAAAAAGAGUUUCAUAUGGGUGAUCAAAGAUGAUUCUUUGAUGGAGGAUUUUGAAAAGGAUAGAGGACUGGUGAUAAAGGGUUGGGCGCCGCAAGUUCUAAUACUGAACCAUCCUGCAAUUGGCGGGUUCAUGACUCACUGCGGGUGGAACUCGGUUCUUGAAUCGGUGUGUUCGGGUGUGCCGAUGAUAACUUGGCCACUCUUUGCUGAGCAGUUUUAUAAUGAGAAUUUAGUGAUAAAUCAAUUGAAAAUCGGAGUUCCGAUCGGGGUGGAGAGGGGGUUGACUUGGGGAGAGGAGGAGGAGAUUGGUGUUUUGGUUAGGAAAGAGCAAGUUGAGGAGGUGGUGAGUCGGUUGAUGAACGGUGGCGAUGAUGAGGUGGUAGGUAUUAGAAAAAGAGUAAAUCAACUCAGGGAAUCGGCGAGAAUGGCGACAAGCAAAGGCGGCUCUUCUUAUAGGAACAUCGGCCUUUUGAUAGACGAUCUUUCGAAUCAAAGGGAGAAAAGAUUAUCACAGAAACGGGAAACAUCCGAUUACUGA